AUGAAGACAGGACAGCAAGUGAAGGCGGAGGCUGUGAACAUCUUCAAUGCAGUGCUAACAAGUGUCACCAAAUGUGAAAAGCUGAUGUGUUCCCUUCAGGAAGUUGAGGCAUAUUCCAAACUUUACUACCAGAGGCAUGUAAAGUCCAUGGUUGACAAUGAACUAAAGGCAGAAGCUGAGGUACUGCAAACAAAGAAUGAGGCACUUACCAAUGGAAUGCAUGUAGCCAUUGUCAACAAGGAGACAGGGAACUUAUAUGAAGCAGAGACUGAUAAGGUUAAGGCAGAGGUAUGGAGGUACAUCGAAGAUGCAAAGAUGCACAGAGACAAUGAGAAGGAGGUUAUGUGGAGCAAAGACGAUUAUGGGAGAAAACUUGCUGCUAUGGUCAACAAAUUCUUGAUGGGACUUGCAGAUGCAACAGGCUUUUCAUUCUCCCUCCUUGUGGGUGGUCCUUCUCCAGAGCUUUGUGGAUUGAUUGAUGUCUAUAGUUUUCACAUAUGUAAAAUGAAAUAUGGGAAUGACUUUAGUAAGGCAUAUUUGGAAUUUGAAAGCACCAUUAUGUCUCCUUUCAGAGACUAUCUGCACCAAAAUCCAACUCAAUUCACAAAUCUAUCAAUAGCAGAGGCCACAGCAGCUUUGAAGGCAAGGCUAGGGGAUGGUGGUCGUUUGACAUUGAUUGGUAUAGGGUUACCUGAUGACACAUCUGAUCAAGUGAUAUUCUCACUUUCAGAUAUAUUGUCCCAUGCAGACAAAGUCACAGAUAUCAAUUUUGAGGGCUUGACUGACAUGAGUUGGCCAGUAGACAACUCAUUCUGGGAGGGACAUAGUACCCAAAUCAAUGCAUUUGAGGCAUCAGGUGGGAAUCUGGACCUGCCAUACUUACCUCCCUACUCACAAGCAGCAUCUGCCUUGGAGUCGCUGUCACCCCCCAUAACUCUACCUCCUGUCUUCAAGCCACUGCCACUGCCAGUACCUCAGGCUGCUUGUUCAUCCCAGUCUUACCCUGCAAAUAUGUUUGCUAAAGUUUCAGCACUGCUUCCAAACAUAUCUUAG